AUGAGUAUAUAUUUUACUUUACUAUUUGUUGCUUUAACCCUGGAGAUGGGUACUUUAUUCUUUUUAGUACUACCUUUACCCUUUAGAUUGAGGAAAUCGAUGUGUACUGUAUAUGACAGACUGUACUACAACCAACAAUUCAGAACCGUCGGUGCCAUCUUAGGCGUCUUGGUAGGAAUGCUAUUUGCUGAUUCCUGGAAACGUGCAAAUGUCCAUGUUUCAACCUAUCAUGAUCAAAACUCUAACGAAAUGACAAACGAUGCAGGCUCACUAAUCACACCCGUACAAGUAUUGACUUCAAGAGCUUAUAACCAACGUAAUGUGUAUAUAUCUGGUUUCAUCUUAUAUUUUGUUUUAUGCAUCAUUACAGUGAUGAGCAUUGUAAGAAGACUGGUUAAAUACCAAAGUUUGAUAAAUGAAUCUGACAAAAAUAUUGAUGACGACAGAUUAUUGCAAGAAUUAAAAUCAAAAAAGACCUCUCUAGAAGGUCUAAAAUCACAAAUUGCUAAUUUAGAGAAACAGUUUGAUCAAACUAAUGAUGCAAAAAAUGAGCCUGUCUCUGAACUAGAUAAAAAGGAUAAUUAA